GAGACUGGCACCCGUAUUUCCAGGUUGUGCCGCUGUUGUUUACUCGGGCACUCGUUUUGUCUUCAUCUCUUGAACAUGCUGUACUGACUUUGGUGCAAUGUACAGUUUUUUUGUUUCUCAAGCCCUUCUCUAUGGCAUCCAAUCGUAACGGAGGUGAAAAAAAGGAUGCGUGGUAACGUCGCAGCUCAUGAACGCGACUCUCGUGUGGCUACCGAGGCACAAAAAAUGUCUUGCACCAGCUGCACUCCCUUAUCACCACUUCCAAGCACCAGCGAUCGUGGCACUUUCACAGCAGUAUUAUACAGUUACAGCAAUGUUUAAAGUGACGAAAUACCUCAGCCAAAACAGCCACAUGUGGGCUUGGAGCUUCUCGUUCACCAGGACAUGGUCGCGGGCUAUCCCAGCUAUCUUCGGGCGGGAGGCGGGGUACACCCUGAACCGGUCGCCUGCCAAACAACCAUUCGCACUCACAUUCACACCUCCGAGCAAUUUAGAGUCUUCAAUGAACUGGACCGUUGCAGUUGUGAUCGAUUCCAAUGCCCGAAAGAAGGAAAUGACCUGGAUGAAUGAGAAUGUUCACAGCACCCUAUUAAGUGGAAGAGUUUUUGCAGGAACUUGUCCGUCAUUAUGUGUGACCAGCUUAAGGCACUAGUUUGUCAACGUGCAUCAGCCUGUCAAAAACCUUGCAUUCUCUUCCCUACUCUCACUAUAGAAAGCCAUUUGAGCAUUUAUUCGAUAUAUUUGAUUUCCAUCUUAAGGCCCAUUUACGGGUACGCUCUUCGUGAUCAAUGGGAGUAAAACUUUUGCAUAGACCUCCUAGUAGGACAACUGCAUCUUACAAGUAGGGUGAAACUACUUCAUUUUCCCUCCCGACUAAUAUGACACUUACACUUUUGGAUAAAAUCAAUUAUCGCCAUUUACCUCUUUAUUUAGUUGUAAAGUGUCACUUAUUCUGCUUUCUUUAAUGUGUUUUUAAAAUUAGCUGUUGUAACCCUCCCCCUAAAAAAGUAAAUUGAAUAUAUACCAGUAAUCAGAGUCUAAAUGUGUACUCAUCACGGUGGCCGAAAAGAGUUAACAAAUUACGCAAAAUUGGGGGUCUGUUUUUGGAUUUGCUUUUCUUUUUUUUUCUUUUUUUUUGUGAGCGUGUAUUUUGUAUGUAUGUUGUUGCUUUGAUCUCGCGGUGACCGUCGCCUCUUCAUGACGUAAUCUGACGCACAAAUGAGUCGUGCGGUCAAGAUGGCGGCCCCCGUGAGCCUGUUGGUCGGGAGGGUUCUGCGUCGAACUUCCGCGGCCGGCGAAUUGCGCCUGUCGACCCGCUGCUGGGCGCCGCCGUCCUGCCGAAGUUUUAGCGAUGAAGUGGCAGAGAAAAACACCCAUUUCGGCUUCGAAACUGUCCCGGAGGCAGAGAAGGCGAAGAAAGUGUACAAAGUGUUUGAGAACGUGGCUCAGAAGUACGACUUGAUGAACGACGCCAUGAGUCUGGGCAUCCAUCGCCUGUGGAAAGACGCGUUGCUGCACGCCAUGCACCCCCAGCCUGGGGCGUGCCUCCUGGAUGUAGCCGGUGGAACAGGCGACAUCGCCUUCCGUUUCCUGGAGUACGUCGCCUCUCAAAAAGAACGCCAGGCUAGGCGGACGGCGCACUCUAUGCGGACGCCGUCGUGGCAGGACAUCUCGGACAAAUACUCCGGCAAUGAGGAGGAGGAGGGUGAGAAACGCAGACUCCGGGAAUCCAGGGCGGUGGUCUGUGACAUAAACAAGGAGAUGCUGAAAGUGGGAAAGGAGAAAGCCCGCCACACGGGCGUCAGUGCUGGAUUUUCGGAUAAAGAACAGAAUUCACGCUUCCAUCAAUCACAGCAAAUUGUCCAGUUCCUGAACAAGCAAAGCAGCCAAAGACCAUCACACUUACCACCACCUUGUUUUACUGUUGGUGUGUCGUGGGUGGUGGGUGACGGGGAGGAGUUGCCGUUCGAUGACCAGCAAUUUGACAUCUACACCAUCGCCUUUGGCAUUCGGAAUGUCACGCACGUUGAGCUGUUCUGUUGGACUGCUCAUAGCAUGGAUGUCGUCAACAAGUCCAUUCUUGCCCUGCAGGAGGCGCUGCGUGUCCUGAAACCUGGCGGCAGGUUCAUGUGUUUGGAGUUCAGCAAGGUGACCAAUCCUGUCUUGGCCAGGCUUUACGAUGCUUAUAGCUUCCAGGUGAUCCCGGUUUUGGGGGAAGUGAUUGCGGGAGACUGGAAGUCGUAUCAGUACUUGGUGGAAAGCAUCCGCAAGUUUCCCGCUCAGGAGGAGUUUAAGGAAAUGAUGGAGGAUGCGGGUUUCUCGUGCGUGCACUACCACAACUUGACAGGCGGCGUGGUCUCGCUUCACUCGGGUUUCAAGCUGUGACCGACCAACUGUAACGGCGUCUCGCUGACUCCUUCCACCUACGUCAAGUGUUCAAAGCAUCACGUGAUGGCACCUCAAGUCUCAUUUGCCACGGUCUAAGAACUGACCUUUACUCUGUACAAUCGGUAUUUAGGUUUAGGCAUAAAGUCUCAACCUUUGAGAAAUGGAAAACAUCUCUGGAUCAUUCCCGCUAUCAUUUAGCCAAAAACACGAAGACUCUAAAUUGCCCGUAGGUGUGGAUGUGAGUGCGAAUGGUUGUUUGUUCCUAUGUGCCCUGCGAUUGGCUGGCGACCGGUUCAGGGUAUACCCCGCCUCUCGCCCGAAGAUAGCUGGGAUAGGCUCCAGCAGCCCACUGAGGAGAAGCGCUAAAGAAAGUGGAUGGAUGGAUGGACGUCCAAGGUUAGGAUUGGGUUGUGACAAUGAAAUGAUGAAAUUAUGUUUGAUUCAUGUGUCUUGUAACUUUUAAUAAAUGGUCUUUCUCCAGA